AUGAAAUUGGGCUUCAAAACGGGCUUCGGGUCGACCGCGGCGUUGGGACGGUCGGUCGGGACGAUCGGCCGGACAAUCGGGUCGUGGCCGAGUCGGAACGGUCGUGGUCCGGACGAUUCACGGUCGGUCGGCGUGGUCGAGGAUAUAGGUUUGGCCGAUGAAAUUCUCGGCCGGACGCGAGGCGUAGUUCCCCGGGUCGGACGGAGUGUUCGUGCGCGGUACGUAAGACGAGUUGCGCGGCCGCGAGGCGUUACUCCCGGCUCGGCGCUUUGGUCGUGCGGUGUGGCGUGGCCGUUUGGCGUGGCCGACCGCGGGCUUAAGUUUCCCGGGUCGUGA